UAUCUCAAUUCAUAGUUACUUGAGGCUGCAAGUAAUAGAGAAUUAAAUUUACUGGCCACGAAAAUAAAUAUGGGUAAAACAGUAAAAAUUGUCGUUUGUGGUAUGAAGAGCGUUGGUAAAACAGCUCUCUUAGAACAACUUGUACACGGGAAUAUUACCGCUAAAACUGAAAUGCAUCCUACAAUUGAAGAUACAUAUGCAGCAUAUAUUGAAAGUGACAAGGGCUCUAAGGAAAAAAUUAGAUUUUAUGAUACUGCUGGGCUAGAACCAUUACAAAAUAUUAUGAGUAACCAGCAAUUAGCUAGACAUUACCUUGGAUUUGCUGACGGCUUUUUAUUAGUCUAUGAUACAGCAAAACCAGAGUCCUUGGAUGUAUUAAUACCUUUAAAAAAAGAUAUAGAAAAAAAUAAAGAAAAAAAAGAUAUAACCGUAUUGGUAAUAGGUAAUAAAACAAAGCUUAAUGCAGAACAUCAGCUUUUAGAAAAUACAGUUGUCAAAGCUAGUAAUUGGUGUGCUCGAGAAAAACUUAAACAUUUUGAAGUAAAUGCCAUGGAUCGAUCAACUUUGUUCGAAGCAUUUGUUUACUUAUCUUCUAAUAUAAAUCCUCCACAGACAAAAAGUACAUUUCCUCAAUUAAGUAUAGGUAGAAAACCUUGACACCAAGUUAACUCGAUUUCAAUAAUCCUUUAUGAUGGAAGUGUACUCUCCACAUGUUACUUUUUAUGAAACAAAUUGAUUUAUUUUAUUGAAAUUACAAUUGAAAUAGUCUGCUUAUCUGCAUUUUUGGAACAGAGCUUUGGGAUAGGGGUGUCUUACUUUAAAGAAAAGAUUUUUUUAGCCUUACAACGUUUAUUUAUUGUAGCACAGUUAUGUAUAAUGUUGAAUUGUAUACAAUAAAAUUGAAUUAUUAGAUGAUCGUA